GCUUGAGCAACGGACUAUGAAUAAAGCUUCAAGAAAAGUUGUCAAAUAUGGAAGAAUUCAUUUAUAUUUUUCUAAUAAUGUUUUUACAAUAAUUGCUUUAUUACCGUAUCCUGUGGCAAUACUUUUAUAAAUUAAUAAGUGAUAAAUUUAAGGACUCCUCGCGAGAAAGCAAUGGCACAGUCAAUAAAUCGGAGUGUUUCGGCACAGGAGAGUAAUAUUCAGGAGAUGGAAAAGGACGAUCAGUGUCAUCUGGAAUCACGCUAUGAAUGCCCAAUUUGCAUUUACUGGCUCAAUGAGCCCGUCUUGACAUCCUGCGGCCACCGUUUCUGCCGUAAAUGCAUCACAUCGUGGCUGAGGAAGGAAAAUGCCUGCCCGGUGGACAAUAAACCCCUCUCAAUGGACUCUGACAUCUUCCCGGAUAACUUCACUCGCAGGGAAAUUCUGCAAAUUAAAAAACCCUGCCCCAAUGCAACAUUCGGAUGCAGCACAAACGUAUCCCCCGUUGAGAUGGACGCUCACGUCCUCAUUUGUGAAUUCCGGAAACGCACAACAAACUACACAUGCUACUUUGCCCGCUGUGGCUGUCAAUUCAUGGCACCCACGCAGGAAGCCCUUGAGGCGCACGUGCGGAACGAAAUGGGGCACCAUUUGCAACUUCUCAUGGAAACCUUCUCAAAGACAAAUAAUCUCGAUGCUGAAUCACGCUUCUGGGAUGCCCCAGCUAAGACAAAUGGGGCCCCACCUGCUGCUGGGGCGGGAUCCCCCAAUCUCAUGCGUGCCAUGUACGAGAGGAUUGUUGUGCUGGAGCAGAAGCAACAGGAGAUGCAGGCAAAAAUCGAGAAUAUGCGCGAGCAGCUCAGCAAAACGUGUAGUCUUGCUGAAAUUCAGGCCAAAUACACCGAUGGGGUGCUCCUAUGGCAAAUUGGGCAAUUCCAGAGCAAAGUCAGGGCAAUGAGCGCCAAUCCCAACAUAAUGUUCUACAGCGGUGAAGCAUACACGAGUCCCCAUGGCUACAAAUUCUGCGCACGCAUUAAUAUUUCGCCAAAAGUCCGAGACUACAUUGGGCUACAUGUGCACAUGAUGCAGUCUGAGAAUGACUACCACCUCGAUUGGCCGUUCAAUGGGAGAAUUCGCAUCAGUAUGAUUCACCCAAAAAACUUCCAUGAAUCUCAAACUGAUACAAUAAUGUCCAAACCGGAGAUUUUGGCCUUUCAUCGUCCCACGCAAGAGGGUAUCAGUCCCCGUGGCUUUGGCUUUUUGGAAUAUGCCUCUAUUACAGACAUUGAGAGACGUGGAUUCAUCCUCCGGGACACAUUAACCAUUAAAAUUCAGAUAAAUAUCGUUUAGAGAGGACUCACCCGGAAAUUUAUUUUUCUCUUUUCAUCCCCAAAUUAUUUUUGUUCCGUCCUCCGGCAGCGGGGCGAGGAUAAAUGCCUCCCGGACAGCUGUGAGCCUCGUACGCUGCUGGAUGCUAAUGUUUCCAGCCCACAUUCCACCGCUCUGAUGUAUCCGGAUGUGUAGACUUAACAAGUAUUUUUUGUGAAUUGUUUUUUGGAAUAGAGAUUUUGUGUACUUAAAGGA